AUGUCAAGAGUGAGAGCUAAAGUCUGCCAACCAACCAUGGAUGAGACAAACCCAGACAGCAAGAAGAAGACGAUGAGGCUCCUUCUCAUCUUCAACGCCGUCCUCCUUGCCGUGGCAAGCGCGUCUGGCUCUCCAGCUGGCUCGAGACCGGCGGCUGGCCCAUCAACUUCAUCCCCCUCGUCAUCACCUAUCUCCACCGCCGCUCCAGAUGAUCAAUCGGCGUUGUGCUUGUUUAGGGAGGGCCCGCGGGCCAAACUCUUCUUCAUGAGGCCGCCGGUGUUCCUGGCGGCGGCUGUGAUCGGGGCCCUCACGGGUGUCUCGGCUCCCUGUCUCGACCUCGACCCUGAUCAUCGCCUCGCAGCUCAGCUUCACGGCGCUCUUCGCGUACCUUUUGGUGAAGCAGAGUUCACGGCGUACUCGAUAAAUGCUGUGGUUUUGCUGACGAUUGGACCGGGCGUCUUGGCUCUCCACGCGAGCAGUGAUCGGCCCAAGGGGGAGUCCUGUAGGGAGUACUACUUGGGCUUCUUCAUGAUCAUCGGGGAGGCGGCGCUCUACGGGCUUAUACUUCCCAUGGUGGAGAUGACGUACAAGAGGGCGAAGCAGGCGAUUACGUACACCCUAGUGAUGGAGAUUCAGCUGGUUAUGUGCUUCUUUGCCACCGUGGUGUGCACUAUCGGCAUGCUAAUCAACGAUGAUUUCAAGGUAAUUAAAGACUCUCUCGCUCUCUCACACGCACGCACGCAGGAGCAGGGGUAA